UAUGAAGUGAUACCUUAUCCUGCGCUCGGACGACGCAAUGCUCGUCAUGUAGCGCACUCAAAGAUGCGAUCCACUGCUGCCAUUCACCGGAAGGCAACAUCAUGGCCACGGUGAUUUCGCGCCGAGGGCCCACAGUCCAUCUCAUGUUCAGAAGUCGCAUGACGAUGCAGAGCGCGUGCUGGGGCCGAUACCCACCUCGUAUAAAGAGCGCCCGGACCCUCUCAUCCCCUCGUCGUCGCCAAGCGUCGCCUCGCCCCUCCCACCUUCCCCUUUCCUUCUGCGACGAUGCGCCUCAACGCCUCUUUCGUUCCGCUCUUCCUGGCCGUGGUGGUCGCAACGAAGCCCAUCCUCGUCGACCGCUCGCCGAUCACGUUCCCGCUCAUCAAGAAGCUGAACGUGACGAGCGGCCACAACCUGGUCAACGCGGGCCGGCAGCGCGUGCAGAAGCUCAAGGCGCAGGCUCUCAAGAAGGAGGGCAAGCAGGUCGACGAGUCGCUCAUCGACGAGCCCGUCACGAACGAGGCCGUCAUCUACAGCGCCGACAUCGGCGUUGGCGCGGACGCGACUUCUUACAGCCUCAUCGUCGACACUGGCAGCUCAAACACCUGGGUUGGUGCGGGCAAGGAGUACGCGAACUCUUCGACUUCGAAGGAUACUGGUUCUGGCGUGUCUGUGAGCUACGGCUCGGGCUUCUUCUCUGGCGAAGAGUACACCGACCAGGUUACCAUCACCGACGAGCUCGUCCUCGACUCCCAGUCCAUCGGUGUCGCCUCCACUGCGAGCGGCUUCAAUGGCUAUGACGGCAUUCUCGGCAUCGGGCCCACGACGCUCACUCAAGGCACUCUCGAGAGCUCCAACGAGGAGAUCCCGACUGUCGUCGACACCGCCUUCGAGCAAGGCCUCAUCGAAGACAAGAUCAUCAGCGUCUACUUCCAGCCCACCACCCAGGAGGAGGACCAGAACGGUCAGCUCACCUGGGGCGGCAUCGACGACUCGAAGCACACCGGCGACAUCAAAUAUGUCCCUGUGACUUCGCAGUCUCCGGCCGGCAGCUACUGGGGCAUUGACCAGUCGAUCACCUACGGCGACAGCGUCACCAUCCUCGACACCAACGCUGGUAUCACCGACACCGGCACGACCCUUCUCUACAUUGCCUCCGACGCCUUCGAGGCCUACGCCAACGCCACCGGCGGCCAGCCCGACAACAGCGUCGGCCUCCUCAGCAUCACCGACGACCAGUUCGCCUCCCUCCAAAGCCUGUUCUUCAAGAUCGGCGACGACACCUGGGAGUUCACCGCCAACGCCCAGAUUUGGCCGCGUGCUCUGAACAGCGCCAUCGGUGGCUCGGACGACGCCAUCUACCUCAUCGUCGCCGACAUUGGGACCCCGUCCGGCCAAGGCCUCGACUUCAUCAACGGCUACGCGUUCCUCGAGCGCUUCUAUACCGUCUACGACAGCAGCAAGAACCAGAUUGGUUUCGCUACGACGGAGUACACCAAUGCUGAGACCAACUAAGUUGAGGGGGACGAAGAUGUGAAUAGAAUGGUAGAGCGAUACCUAUACUUCUCUACGAACUCUUGAUAAAUUACGGAACUGUAUCUUGUGUCUACCAAUGGAUCUGUUGUGUGUUCCUA